UGUCAUGCACUGUACUUCUCACAUAUUAGAAAAAUUUACCUUCUAUUAAGAACUAAAGCUCUAGGGAUGGAUAAACACCGCCCCUAUUUAACUAAAGGUUCAACCCAAUCAAACCCAGCAUCGUUUUCCAAGAGGCUUCAUGGGGCAUUUGAUGCGUUUGCAAGAGGAGCACCCCGGUUAAUUGAUUAUGAUGAGCAGAAAGCUGGGAACAAGGAUAUUCUUGUACUGGGACACUCUAAGCCGCCUCUGGACGUUUUGAUGGAGCAUGUUCAGUCGAAUAAAUAUGCAGAUGUGGCCGUCACCGUCAAGGGUCAUUCGUUCAUUUGCCACUCCCUUGUGCUGUGUAUUUAUUCAAAGCGGAUGGUAAAAGAAUUGGACAGUAACUGCAUGUUUAUUAACACGCCGCAGCUGACCGCAAAGGGUUUUAGCGAAGCCUAUCAAUGGAUGGUUUCCGAACACGCCGACUUGGACCUCUCUAGCUUCAUCGACGUCUUGAGAGCUGCGUAUUAUCUGAAAAUCCCUGAUUUGAUCGGCAGUUGCUGGCAAAUUCUGAAUAGUGAGCUGUUCGACGAGUUCUCAGCCUUUGGCUUGAUGUACCAAGGACGCAAUGCCUACGAACUAGCAAAAAUUCACGACCUGCUGGCAGGUCGCCUCUCUAAAUCAAUGAUGAGAGUGGCCUCAAGCCGGGAAUUUUUGGGCCUCAGUGAACGGCAGGUAUGCAGCCUACUGCAAUCAAAUAGCCUGGCAGUCAACUCGGAAAUGGAGGUUCUGUACAGCGCAUUGUUGUGGCUCAAUCAUUUAUGGCCAAAGCGCAGUUCAAGCACUCAUAAGGUUUUAAAAAACAUUCGUUUCGGUUAUUUGCCUCCCACAAUGUUAAGCAAGUUUAAGUCCCGGGAACGAAACAAAGUAGGUUCUUUCGGACCAAUUCUGAAUGUGUUUUGUCAACUCCCCGACCUUACACGCCUCAUUCAGGAGGGAGUGUUCUACAGCAGUUUAAUAAUGACCUCCCACAAAGACUCAAAGCACGUUCUAGAAAGCAUAGAAGAUAACCAGUUGAAGCUGAUCAAUCCUCGAAAAUGGGUAUGUGAUAGUACAUGUGUAUACCAUCAUAUCGUAAGCCCGUUGUGCCCAAAUAUGCGUUACAUAUCAUUUCAACAAUUUAAGGAGUAUCUGUAUCAGCUGCAGAUCGCCGGUCGUUAUUUUGACCAAUUCAUGUCAUAUGCAGAAGACAUAAAAGAUGGUAAAGAAGUUUCUGAUUUGCAGGAUAAGCAAAAUGUGAAUGAAAAAAUGCUUCAUUCAAGACUAUCAGAGUUGAGCCUGUCGCAAUACGAACUACUUGUGAAAAACAACUUUAGCCAGUUUAAAAAAAGUAAGAAAAAGGAAAAGGAAUAAA